AAACUACUUAGAGGGGGCUGUAAAGCACUGUGAAGCAGUAUAUAAGUCUAAGUGCCAUUGCUAUUACUACAAAGAUUCAUCUAUGACAAUAUGGAGAACAUUCCUUUUGGGCCCUUUAUAGCAGGGAUCCCCAAGCCCUGGGGUGCAGUCUGUUCAUAUUUGGGCCACGGAAGCUGUAGGUGGUACGCGCAUAGCACCUCUUGCGCAUGUAGAGGCAGCAGAGCAUGCAUACACAGUUCCUCUUGUGCGAGCAAAUGGAGCUAUCCGUGCUCACCCACCAUUCAUCCAGACCCAUUCCCUCUCCUGACUGUAGUGAUUCACUUGACAAUCAUCAUAAAAAUAGUCAUAAAAUUGAGUGUACUCGUGUGGUGACUUGACUUCUGAUCAAAAUUCUGGGCUCAACUGUGGCCAUAAGUCAAGGACUGACUGUAUUACAUACCUAUUCUAUCAACAUUCACUUGACUUUGGGAGAAUAAUGGAUUUCAUGAUCAAACAGGGCUUAAGGCUGCCAGACAGGGAAAAGUUUUUACAGGCAUUAGAAAUAAUAUGAAAAACGUAUCCUGGAGUGUAAAUGCCCAUAUUAUUCUUGUCUUUGAAGGUGGAGAUCCUUUGCAGGUUAUUUCAAUUGCUUCUAAAGUUUGUCCUUUUGUUUUUGGUUGUUAGGAAGUCAGAGACACUGGAAGUCUUCCAGGCCUUGGAAGAGGGCCUCCUGGAACGUUUGGACAGCAAGUCCUUGAAGCUGGCCAAGGAAGGGCGAUUAGUCAGAAGGCGGUCGAGCCCCGCCCUGUGCCGAGAAGUAAAGACAAGUUUUCCACGAGAGCCAGAACAGCCCAGGAAAAGAGAACCUCUCUGCAUAGGAAGAGCAGAACAGCAACUCAAGAUAAGUAGCCAGAGCCAUGGUGAAUCCUUGCAUUUAAGGAGCCCAAAGCAGCAACCGGAGAGAGAAAUUCAAAGUAGAAGGAUGCCUCUGUACUCAGCAACUUCAACCUCUCAGGAGAGAGAAGGAAGGAAAUUGGAGGAGUUUGUGUCUCGUAUGAGUUCCAGUGCAGAGAGGGUUGCCCUUUUUCCUACGAGUCAUGGGAGGCAAGUGGAUAAUGAUAAAAAGAGACGAGCAGAGAUCUUGCAUCAAAAGAGCCCUGGGAAGAAUGGCACAGAUACUAGAUGGAAAAGCAGUCCAGGUACCUUGCAUACUGCUAAUCCUUCAAAUACUUUGGACAAGAAUCAAGCAAGGCCCAUAAGGCAACUAGAUAGGUAUAAAGAAAGUGACCGGAAAGCACGAGGAAAACCUUUGCUCCUUAUAGGUGCAGUUGACCAGCCAAGAAAGGACAUAAGAAACUCCCAAGAAGUUAUUUGUGCUGUUGGCUCAAGAAGUGAAAUUGCAUCUAGAGGGAAAGGGGGACAGCCGCUGGUUUGUUCAAGGCUUGGGCAUGAACAAAGCGGAGUCCAAGAAGUGAAAAAGUAUCCUUUUAAUCCUAGGAAACAAAUGGGAACUGGUUUGAAAAGUCCUAGUGCAGCUGUGAACAGCUCUAGACCUGGAAUGUCUGCUAGUAGAAGCAAAAGAGAUAUCAGAAACACUUGUGGCCAAGGAAGAUGCAUUGAAGACAGUGGGACCAGUGUGAGAGAACUCAGACAUUCUCCAAAUCCUGGGAGUUCAAUGGAAAGUAGCCAAAUACGCCUUGAGCAAGCAAGAUGCUGUGCUGCUUCACAGCAGCACCUAGAGAAUAACUGGAAAAGUGGAAGGGAAACCAGGAGUGUAAGGGCCGGUGCCAGUAGUGAUGGGAUGAGCAAAAGAGACCAUUCAAUUGUUUUCACUCCUAAGAAGGAGAAUGACUGGAAGGGUUGUUGCACGUCCUGUAGCCCCACAAACCCUACAGUUUUUGGACAGCAAGGGAUGAUCCAAGAAGCUCUUGCACACUCCAUCAAACCAGAGACUGUCCCAAGAAGCCAAGAAAGCUCCCAGAGCCAUGUACAUCCAAUCCCAUCCUUGGAAAAAGAGUGGUUAAGCCAAGGGGAGUGCUUCCAUUCUGCCAAGCCAGGGCAGCAACAAUUGGGGGAUAACAGGGAACAUCAAGAAACUCCAGUAAAACGGGCAGAGGAUGAAUGGAUAAACUGGCAGAGGUGUCCCAGUCCCUCAACAGCAGAGAAGCAUCUGGGAAAUAAUAAGGAAAAAAUUUCCUAUCUGGUAAGGAAGACAUAAAAAACACUGCCUGAAAUUGCUUUCAUGUUGUCCCAUAUUUUCUGUUUGUUUGUUUUUUGUCUGGUCCUCAAAAUUCAAUAUUGACAAACAGGCAUGCGUCAGAGAAGAAUCCAGUUUUCUGUCUCCUGAAGCAACAUUGAUAUGUCUCAUUUUUAAGUAUGUAUAUGCAGUGUGUGUGUGUGUGUGUGUGUGUGUGUGUAUCUUUGUAAAAUAUGUCAUUUGCACUAUUGUAUGAGUCAAGGAGUGGAAUUAUAUAAAAUAGAAAAAUGCAGCUAUUGCAUCUUCGUAGAAUGUGACUGCGCGGGUGAUCAUGGGGGUACCUAGGUAAUCCCAUGUUACACCACUUUUAGGCGGCCUGCACUGGUUGCCG